CCCAAUGAGAACAAGGGAAUAGCGGAGGCCUGAUGACUUGAUCUCCACGCGCUCCCCCUACCAACUGCAAGUAACGGGAAUAGAUAGGAUUUGGAUGACGAUGAGACCCGCCAAAACCUGCAACAAUUUGGCCAUGGCGGCUCCAUUAUCUUCGUCACUCAUGUCCCCUAAAGUUUCGAUUAAUGUCUCCAUUAACUCCUCUGUUUUCAGAAGGUAUUGUGUCUCCACACGGUCAUUGAUCCUGCUCAACAAAACUCCGGCGAGAUCACCUCAGGCUCAGCCGAAGCUCAUUAGCUGCAUUUUCUCCAAAAUUGACAACUCAACUGAAUGUUCAGACCACAAAAAAACCAUCACCAAACUAUACAUGCCUGUUUUAGAGCGUGGAAUUAUGAGAUUAGGAGCUACAAUCUCUGUCAUUCUUGUUGUCAUUCAACUCGUAUCUCCAGUGCCCUUGUCCAGAUGGGAUCCCUCAUUUCUUCCACCUGCUAAAGCAGUGCUAUACUCUCCAGACACAAAGGUUCCCAGAACUGGAGAAUUAGCUUUGAGAAAAGCCAUCCCUGCAAACACAAACAUGAAAAGUAUACAGAAUUCUCUUGAGGAACUGUCAUACUUGCUCAGGAUUCCUCAAAGAAAACCUUUUGGAACAAUGGAGAGUAAUGUAAAGAAAGCUCUAAAGAUUGCAGUUGAUGAAAAGGAAUCUAUUUUGUCAAGCAUCCCAUCUGAUCAGAGGGAAAAGGGGCUUGAAAUUUAUGCUUCUCUUAUUGAUGGGAAGGGGGGAUUGCAGACUCUUCUUGGAUAUAUAAAGGAAAAGGAUCCGGAUAGAGUAUCAGUAGCUCUUGCAUCUUCACUGGAUUCUAUUGCCCAGAUUGAGCUCCUACAGGCUCCUGGGCUAUCUUUCUUAUUACCUGCACAAUAUUCAAAUUAUCCUAGGCUCACAGGAAGAGCAAUUGUAGAAUUUGUGGUUGAAAAAGGAGAUGGAUCAUCAUUUACUCCACAAGCUGGUGGUAUACCAAUAAAAUCUGCUAAAAUCCAGGUUGUCCUAGAUGGAUAUUCAGCACCCUUGACAACAGGAAAUUUUGCAAAACUGGUAGUUGAUGGGGCAUAUAAUGGGAUGACGCUAAAAUGCACCGAUCAAGCAAUUCUCUCAGACAAUGGAAUUAACAAGAGUAUUGGUUAUAGUGUUCCUUUGGAGAUAAUGCCAUCUGGACAAUUUGAGCCACUUUAUAAAACAACAUUAAGCAUACAGGAUGGAGAAUUGCCUGUGCUUCCAUUAUCUGUAUAUGGUGCAGUUGCUAUGGCCCACGAUGAUGCAUCUGAAGAAUACUCAUCACCAAAUCAAUUCUUCUUCUAUCUCUAUGAUAAAAGCUAUUCUGGCUUAGGAGGCUUAUCUUUUGAUGAGGGCCAGUUUUCUGUAUUCGGAUAUACAACUAUCGGAAGAGAUAUUCUCCCUCAGAUCAAGACUGGCGAUGUCGUUCGUUCUGCAAAGCUUCUAGAAGGUCAAGAUAACCUCGUAUUGCCGGUUGAAAAGUUAUAAGUUCAAGUUGCAAGACUCUUGCAUGCCUUAUCGGAAAAGAAUCAAAACAAGAAGCUAAGGUUUUCGGCUUUUAUAUAUAGAUACGAGAAAAUUGAAACCAAUUAACAUUAUUUUUUGUAAAAUGCCACUUCAGGGUCACAUCAAAGAGAUUCAACUUUUUCCAAUAUACUAUCAUAUCAAUAUAUUAACCUGGUAACGUGUACGGAUUAUUUUUCUUAUUGGAAUUUGAAAGGACAUUACAUUUUAUUGA